AUGAUGGAAAUGGAGACAAGUAAAAGAAAAAGGACUGAAAAUUUCAGUAAGUCUGAAGAAAAACUUUUAAUUGAAAGCGUGAAAAAAUUUACUAACAUAAUAGAAUGCAAAAAGACCGAUGCAGUGUCUAAUAAGGAAAAAAAUGCAGCCUGGAAAAAAGUUGCCAAUUGCUUCAAUUCCAAUUCACAAAAUUAUAGAGCUGCUGAGCAAUUGAAAACUAAAUACCUAAAUUUAAAAAAACAGUGCAAAAAAAACUUUGCAGAAGAGAAAAAAAUUAAAAUGGGAACGGGUGGUGGGCCAUUUUCAACUCCAAAGACUUCCACUGUCGAUGAAGAUAUACGGGAAAUUUUAGGGUCCCAAGUUACUGGAAGGCGAUCUAACUUUGAUAAUGACUUGGAUGAAAAUGCCCUCGAAAAUGUCCUAGACCAAGGAAUCCAAUCGGAAGGUAUUACACUAGAAAUUAAUAUUUUAGUACGUGAAAUAGCUCCAAAGUCUGGUAUCCUCAAAGAGCUAGUUGAUAACACAGGAUAUGAAGAACUGGAAGAGCAUGAAGGAAGUGAAAAUACUGACUUUUUUGUUUGUGACGACAAUGCAAAUUCCUUUCACGUGGUGGAUACACCUAUCUCCCAACGUCGGAGUAGUCAGAGUGUGAAAACACAGAAUAAUUACGAUACAGAAUCACAAUGGAAAGUGUUAAAAAAACCAGUAUCCAAGGUACUUAAACCAAAUUUAGAAAAUAAUACCACUUCACAUGAAAAGCUAUUACUGAGGCCAUUGCAAUCACAGAAAACUGAAGCUGAGGAAAAAAGCAAAAAGCCUAUAGUCAGAUAUGAAGUCCAAUCUGCUGACACUGUUUAUAUAGCUGAUAUAAUAAUGCGUCAUGAAACAUUUAGAAGGAAAAAAAUCAACGUAAUUAGUAAUGAAGAUCAUUAG